AUGUUUCAACACCUCUUUCUUUUUUUUCCUUCUUUUUCGUCUACUCUUCUCGCCCUAUCUUCUUUGUCCUCCUCUUUUGUUCUUUUCUUCAAUUCCACCUCCUCCGCCUUUGCUCGUUUCUUCACUUCGACUUAUUCAUUCAAAAUCUCCUGUCCUACAUCGACAUUUCAUUCCUCUCUCUCUCUCUCUCUCUCUCUCUCUCUCUCUCUUUCCACCUCUCUCCCUCUUUCUACCUUUCUUUCUUUCCACAUCUUUCUUUUUUCACCUCUCUGUGAUUUCGUGCUUACGUGCUUGCGUGGUAAGUCGUCCGUUCGGCGCAUAAUAAUUUGUUUCAUUCCACCCCUCUCUUUCCACCACUCUCUCUCUCUUUCCACCUCUCUCUCUCUUUCUAACUACCUCUCUCUAUCUCUUUCUCUCUCUCUCUUUUCCCAAGUCUUUUUUUACCUUUCUGUGAUUGCGUUCUUGCGUGUUUCAUUCCACCUCUCUCUUUCUACCUCUCUCUCUCUCUCUACCUCUCUCUCUCUCUUCCUACCUCUCUCUCAUUCCACCUCUUUCUUUUUUCGCCUCUCUGUGACUGCCUUCUUGCGUGCUUGA